GUUUUCCUUCUCCGAACUUCUCCUUGAUGCCGUGUGUGCAGUUCCCAACAUGAGAGUCGCGUGCCUCUCCUCGCGCAGAAUAUUUCCUUCUGUUUUAUUUUCAAUUUUCUUCUUUUGGUAUUUCCUGCCUGUGAGAAAUCAUGGACCACGAAAGGUUACCUCGGCGCAAUUGCAGCAAGACCACCCAUUGCUGUACAAGCAUGUGCACAGUUUCAAUGGAACUGGAGGUAGUGAGUUGUCCUGUCGUCGAGGCGCGCGGCGAAUUAACUUUCCCAUUCUAAUCCCUGAGGCUUUUAUACUGGCCGGAUCGAGUAGCUGCUAAUCAUUGACAGCAUGGUACAUCCCACCACACUGGUUGCCAGCUCCAAACAUUCAACCGGAAAAUAUCGUCGAUGCAGCGCUCUUAGCCUCUCAUGCUGCCAACGCCAGCAAGCAUCGCAAGAUGCACAACUCGGCGAUUCCCCUUAUUCUUCAUCAGACUUGGAAGACUCGUUAUGCGAACAAAUGGAGCGAUCUCCUUCGAAAUAGUGUCGAGAGCUGGCUGCAACACGUAGUUCGCGACGAAAUGGCCUACUUCUUCUGGGAGGACGACGGCAUUAUGCAAUUUCUCCACGAAUUUGAACCCGACUUUGUUGAAACCUUUGUCAACCUACCAGCCAACGUUGAGCGAACGGAUAUCUUUCGGAUUCUGGUAGUUAAAUGGUUUGGGGGCGUUUACGCCGACAUUGACACUCAACCAUUGCGACAACCUAAAUACUGGGUCACUCCUGAUGAUGUUGCACCAUGGACUGAUCCUAUGACGAACAAGACAUUCAAUUCCACCACCCCGGUCGGAUUGAUAUUCGGUCUCGAAGCAGAUUGUCCUCCCAUGUCGGACGACUAUUGGCGCAUGGGCUACACGUUCCCCCUCCAGCUUACACAAUGGGCGUUGGCAUCUGCGCCAGCACAUCCCGUACUUCUACACUUUAUGGAUAUCUUGACCCACUGGUUGGGCGAGAUCGCCGCACAGAAUAACGGCACGAUUACGACCCCCUCGGCUAUCAAACAAUUGCACCACAUCGGCCCGCUGGCACUCACUGGUCCUCAAGCGGUGACAAUCGCCACGAAGUCUUGGUUGAAGGGCCAGGCAGGACUGCGCUGGAACGCUCUGACGGGACUAGAUGACGGCGGACGCAGUAAACUGGUUGAAGACGUCCUGAUCCUUCCCAUUACAGGAUUCAGCCCAGGACGUGGCCGAUACGGCAACAUGGGUUCGAAACCUGUGACCGAUCCUGCUGCCAGAGUCUGGCACCGAGCACAGGGAAGUUGGCGUUCAUUCGAUGCGGUGGCCGAAUUUGGCAAAGUAUGCCGUUCCCUGUUCGGGUUGUGUAAGCAUUGGUCAAAGGGGCAGGAUUGAGGUCUCAUCACAUUGCAGACCUACAGUACACCUAUCGCCAGGAUGGGUCGAGUCGCUCAUUCGACUCAUAAUUUCCGUGUCCACCUGCUAGCUGCAUGACUGGGGAGAUUUGAACAAAAGACCCGUAUCACGAAUCAGGAUAUCUUUACUGGCAGCAGAGCUUACGAUAGGAGGUAUCGAUCCACCAGGCUUAACACUUAGCGCACACGGAGUACAGACAGUCACUAUACGAGCAAACACGAUUAGAGAGCCGAAGUUUCGAAUCACGACCUCGAUGUGGAGGGUUGAUGUAUUCGAUGAAACAUCGGAUUUUGGUUUCCGGACGAUCUCAACUUAUUGUUACGUGGUCACGCGACACUUGAAGUACGAUGCGUGCCAUGAUAUCGACGGCCGGCGCUGGUCGCGUGGCCAGAAAGACCGAGUCACGACGCACGAAUAUUUUGGAACACAUGGAGUCUACAAUAGCUAGCUCAAUGCAUUGAGAAAGGACUCAGUGGGUUAUACGGAGCACGACAUUACGGACUUUCAGUUCGUUCGCCACAAGGUCAUGCGCUUUUCAGUCUUUACUCAAGAAGGAAAUGGGAGAGAAGGUGCCUUGUUUUGGUACUUUGUAGGCAGCAGUAUUCUUUGGUGUUGGUUACUGCAUACAGUAUACUAUUAUUGGACAAAGUACUCCGUACUGUACGGAGUACCUUGAAAAGUCAAGCACA